GCGAGGCCCGGGCUGGAGCCGCUGCCCUUAGCGCGGCGGCCGGCGGGAGGCGGAGGAGCCGGGCGGGCACCGCGGGCAGCAGCCAGCGGUUACCGGUACCGGCGGCUACACUGGAGGCGGCCGCGCCGCACCGGGAGGGGCCGCUCCGACCGACCUCUCCUUCCCUCACCCCUCCGAUGUCCCGGGGUGCCGCCGGGUGCUGCGCCGUGAUUGGCUGAGGAGAGAGGGGAGCGCUGCGUCAGAGCGCUGGAGCUGACGCUGCGGGGUGCGCGGGCUUUGUCGGUGCUGAGCAGGGAGGAAGUCCAAGAUGAAGAACCAAGGUGGGGAGACCAAAGCCAGCCCACAGCCUGCUGGCACUUCCAAAAUGAGCAGCAGCCUGGUGCUGGAGGAGAGCGACUCGACGGAGGCUGCAGCACCCCUGGAAGCUCCUGCGGCGCAGGAGGACAGCGCCAGGUGCCCCCGGCCUGCCGUGCGCGACGUCUCCGAGGAGCUGAGCCGGCAGCUGGAGGACAUCCUCAACACCUACUGCGUGGAUGCCAGCCAGGAGGGCCCGGGCGAGGAGGGUGGGCAGAGCGAGCCCCCCGAGCCCGAGGAGGCCGAGAAGGGGCGCAGCGAAUCGCCCAGGAACGGCGAGCAGGAGCCGGGCGGCCCCGAGAUGAACGGCGAGAAGGAGAGCAGCAAAGGCGGCGAGGAGGGAGGGGAGCGGGACCAGAGGAGGGCGCAGGAGAAGAAGAAAGCCAAGGGCCUAGGCAAAGAAAUCACUUUGCUGAUGCAGACCCUGAACACCCUGAGCACGCCAGAGGAGAAACUAGCAGCGCUCUGCAAGAAAUACGCUGAGCUGCUGGAGGAGCACCGCAACUCGCAGAAGCAGAUGAAGAUCCUGCAGAAGAAGCAGGCCCAGCUGGUGCAGGAGAAGGAUCACCUGCAGAGCGAGCACAGCAAGGCCAUCCUGGCCCGCAGCAAGCUGGAGAGCCUCUGCCGGGAGCUCCAGAGGCACAACCGCACCCUCAAGGAGGAAGGCGUCCAGCGGGCGCGGGAGGAGGAGGAGAAGCGGAAGGAGGUCACCUCCCACUUCCAGGUGACACUGAAUGACAUCCAGCUGCAGAUGGAGCAGCACAACGAGAGGAACUCCAAGCUGCGGCAGGAGAACAUGGAGCUGGCAGAGAGGCUCAAGAAGCUGAUCGAGCAGUACGAGCUGCGGGAGGAGCACAUCGAUAAGGUGUUCAAACACAAGGACCUGCAGCAGCAGCUGGUGGAUGCCAAGCUCCAGCAGGCACAGGAGAUGCUGAAGGAGGCAGAGGAGAGGCACCAGCGGGAGAAGGACUUUCUGCUGAAGGAAGCUGUGGAGUCACAGAGGAUGUGUGAACUGAUGAAGCAGCAGGAGACUCAUCUCAAGCAGCAGCUGGCUCUCUACACAGAGAAGUUUGAAGAGUUCCAGAACACCCUUUCCAAAAGCAGUGAAGUGUUCACCACCUUUAAACAGGAGAUGGAGAAGAUGACUAAGAAGAUCAAGAAGCUGGAGAAGGAGACCACCAUGUACCGCUCCCGCUGGGAGAGCAGCAACAAGGCCCUCUUGGAAAUGGCUGAAGAGAAAACCCUUCGGGACAAGGAGCUGGAAGGGCUUCAGGUGAAGAUCCAACGCCUGGAGAAGCUGUGCCGAGCCCUGCAGACAGAGCGCAACGACCUCAACAAGAAGGUGCAGGACCUCUGUGCCCACACGCCCCGGGCGGACGCAGACCUCUUGGAGCCUUUGAAGGACCCAUCCCGGGAUGGGUCAGAGGUGGCAGCAGCAGCAGCAGCAGCAGCAGCAGCAGCAGGAGGUGCCACAGCAGAGCAGCAGCUGGCUGAGGAUUGUCUCCCCCUUGGAAAGCCCCCACACAGCAUGGAUCCUGCGGAGAGCCUGGGAGAACUGAGCAUAGGAACCUUGGGGCAGAGCGGGACUGAGGCUCAGGGAGCUGCCUGAGCCCCGCGGCAGGCAGAGGUAGGGCCGAGGGAGGGUGACCUGAAUGUUUUUGGAGACUCCAUCUGAUGCCCCUCUCCUCGUGCUUGGACAGGCAGGAGGGGACAGCUCUGCUGGGGGGGGUUGAGAUUGCCUAGCUUAGGUUGCCAGAGGGUUUUUCCCCUGUUCAGUCUGUGUGUGUCUGUCUGAUAUGUAUGUAGAGGACACCUGCGGCGUGUGCAGGGCAGCCUGGGCACAGGUGGAAACCAGCUGCCAGCCUGUGCCCCAAGGACUGACCCCUGGAGCCUCACCAGCCACCCUCGGCACCAAGGGACCUUGUCAGCGGCAGGCUGCGGCUCCCCCAGGCCCCAGCACGGCUCGGGGCGAGCUGGCGCCGCCCCCGCAGCGAUGUGCUCGAUGUGCUCGCAGCCAGGGCGGGCCAAAUGCAGCCGGGCAGGGAGGAAACAGGAGCCCUGCCCGGCGCUGGCUUGUGCCACUCAGCUCUGUGCCAGGCAGGAGGUUGCUCCCAGGUUUGCUUGCGUUUAGCUCCUGCCCUGGCUGGCAGCUCUGAAAAGCAAGGGGAGGGGGUGAGGAGAGAGGCUGCUUCCCCUCCUCCGUGGGUUGUGUGUGUGUUGAGUGGGGACGAAGCAGCAGCAGAGCAGCUGGGGGCGCCCAGCUCAGCCCUUUGCUCUCCCAGCCCCUGCCCGUGUCUCUCUCUAGCCUUACGAUUCACAGUUGCCUCUUUGCUAUACGCACAUGUGCACAACUAUUAAACACUUAACCCAAAGCUCUCCUGCCACCGUGUUUUGCACAAGCCUGGCAUCAGUUGUGCAAGGGCAUGGGGAGGUUCCACCCGAGCUGCUCUGCCCUCCCCCACCCGUGAGCCUCCAUGCCGAGGGGGCAGGCUUGGAGGAGUCUGUGGAGUUGGAGCUCCAGGAGGAGAAAACCUGCAUCUGCUCCAGGACCUGCUGGGCCCCAGCUCAAGGCUGGUGCUGUGGGCUGGUCCCUUCUGCAGCACCAGCCCCCUGCCACCUCUCCAGUCUGGCUCUCCUUUCUCUCUCUGCCGUCUCAGAAGAGCAUCUCCCAGGGGCCACAGUGUCUGGGAAGGUCCCUGGCACUGUACCUGCAGGGCAAAGUUGUGCUGGGAGGUGUUUAUGGAGAGGCCAGGGCCUGCUGGCACAGGGCUUGGAGGAGUUCUCCUUAGUUCCUCAGGAGUUCCUCAAGACUUUCUCUUCUCGCUGUUCUUUUGGGAGACCUCUGCUUGCUUGGAAACCUCCUUGCUGCAGCCUCUCUUUACAGCAGCAUUGCCUUCCUUUCACCUCACGCUGGCCAGGGCCUUCCUCCCAAUGGAUGUGUUCAGCAGGACCCUUCUGGUUGCUCUUCCAGCAGCACAGCAGCUCUGGCAUCUUCUCCCCACCACUGCGUCCCCUCACAAAGGACCUCCUCGGUCACUGCCUCCACAUUGCCCUUCCCUCCACAGGGGCUCCAGCACGUUCAGCUCCAAGGAAGGUGGCUGCAGCCCCAGGGCUGGGGUCCAGUGAGUCUGCAGCAACAACAUCCACUGGGACUAUGUUGCCUGGAGCUGGGCUUGGCUUUUUCUCCUGUCCCCUCACUGUCAGCGUUGCCUUCUCCAGCACAGGGACACAUCUGCCUGGCUUGCUUGAGGGCUGCUGCUGCAGUGUAGCCCUGGCAUGAUGGCACUGCCCUGUUCCAGCAAGCAGGCUGAGGGAGGGCUGGGGCUGGGCACUGGACUUCUCUUCCUGCUCUUUCAGACUCUUGGAAAGUCACCGAGCUCCUUUUUAUUCCCUUCCUUCUCCCUGUCCUGGUACAGAUAAUAACUUCUGUGGGGCCUGUUCUGUGUAUCCUGGCACCAAAUAGAAACUGACCCAACCUGG